AUAUUUAGAAUUGAGAUCCGACCCCAAAGGUUUCUUUCUUUUUAACAAUACAGAAAGCUAUACUCAUCUUAAAAAGGGUCUUUCUUCUUCUUUCUCUUCUUCUUCGGUUAUACUCCUCAGAUCUCCAUCUCUCUCUCUCCCCCCUUUCACGGAUCCUCUGUUUUGUUGGCAGAAGAAGAUGGGUGUUGAGGUUGUAACUUCCGGUGGAUUUGAGGUUGCUCCGGCUCCUUUCGAGGGAAAGCCUGAGACGAACGGGAAGGUGGAAAAGGUCUCCUUCAAGUUUGGUUCACACGGUGAGCCGCCAAAGAAGGCUGAAGAGACUACUAGUACUAGUACUAGUAGCAACAAGAUCAUCUCCUCUGAUGUACCAAAAGAUGCAGCAGAAGAGUGGCCUGCUGCUAAGCAGAUCCGCUCCUUCUACUUUGUCAAGUACCGUCACUUCGACGACCCCAAGAUCAAGGCUAAGCUUGAGGUGGCUGAUAAGGAGUUUGAGAAGCUGAAAAAGGCUCGGAGUGCAGUCAUUGAAGACUUGAAAGCUAAGAAGGCGGAGAGAUCCAAGUUGUUUGACAUGUUGGACCCGUUGAAGUCAGAGCGUCAAGGGUUCAACAACAAGUUCGAUGAGAAACGAAAAGAGAUGGAACCUUUGCAGCAAGCACUUGGAAAGCUAAGAGGCAAUGAUGGUGGGAGUUCCCGUGGGCCUGUUAUCUGUUCUUCCCAGGAAGAGCUCAACAGUAUGAUAUACAGCUACGAGUACAGGAUUCAACACGAGAGCAUUCCGUUGACAGAGGAGAAGAAGAUUCUUAAAGAGAUCAGGCUGCUUGAAGGGACAAGAGAUAAGGUCAUUGCUAAUGAGGCUGUGAGAGCCAAGAUCAAAGAAGCUAUGGGUCAUAAAGAUGAUAUCCAAGAUCAAGUUAAGUCGAUGGGUGCUGGUUUGGAUGGAGUGAAGAAAGAGAGACAAGCGAUUUCUGCAAGGAUUAAUCAGCUGAGUGAGAAGGUGAAAGCAACUAAAGAUGAGAUUCAGGUGCUGGAGAAUGAGCUCAAGACUGUGACUGAGAAGAAGGACAAAGCUUAUUCAAACAUCAGUGAGCUUAGGAAGCAGAGAGAUGAGACGAACUCAGGUUUUUACCAAGGGCGUAAAGUGCUGAACAAAGCUAGAGAGUUGGCUGCACAAAAGAAUGUUGAUGAGCUUGAGGCCCUCUCCAAUACAGAGGUUGAGAAGUUUUUCUCUCUCUGGUGCAGUAAGAAGAACUUCAGAGAGGAUUACGAGAAGAGACUCUUGGGGUCACUUGAUGCUAGGCAGAUGAGCCGAGAUGGAAGGAUGAGGAACCCUGAAGAGAAGCCUCUUGUUACUCCAGAGGCACCAUCAGCCAGGGCAGCUCCUUCUGAAACUGUGGUUGCCCCUAAAGCUAAAGUGAAGCAGCAGCCAAAGGAGGAGCAAGUGUCUGCACCUGAACCAGACGCUGCUCCUGUUGCUCAGAAGACCGAGAAAACUAAAGAUGCAGUGAAAGCAAAGAACGUUGUUGUUGAUGAUGAUGAAGAAGAACAAGAAGAAGUAUAUGGUCUUGGAAAGCCGCAGAAAGAAGAGGAGGAAGUAGAUGAAGCUACGAUGAAAGAGAUGAGAAAGCAAGAGGAGAUUGCUAAAGCCAAGCUAGCCAUGGAAAGGAAAAAGAAGCAGGCGGAGAAAGCUGCUGCUAAAGCUGCCAUAAGAGCUCAAAAGGAAGCUGAGAAGAAAGAAAGAAAGGAGCAAGAGAAGGCGGCCAAGAAGAAGACAGGAGGCAGCAACAAAUACGAUGCCAUCUCUGAGGAAGUUCCAGAAGCCUCUGAGGUUGAGAAGGAGGAGAUUGAAGCUCCAGUGGAGGAGAAACCACAGAAGGAAAAAGUCUUGAAGGCGAAACCAGUAAGGAACAGGAUCCGCAGUAGAGGAGGAGCAGAAACACUACCGAGACCAGUCAUCAAGCGUAAGAAGCAGACUAACUACUGGGUAUGGGCUGCUCCAGCUGCUCUUGUGGUACUGAUGCUUCUUGUCUUGGGUUACUACUACCUUCUCUAAGAUCAAGGGAGGUCUGCGUUGUUGCUGUAGUUUGGGAUCUUUUUAAAGUUUCUUUUUAGAGGAUGAGACUCUUUAAAACUUAUUGCCUCAUUUACAUACGAGCAGAGACUCUUCCCUUUGAAAUACUUUUUUUUUACAUUUCAUUUUCUUUGUUGUUUUCUCUUCUGUUGUUGAGGCUUUAACUUUUGAAGAAAGAAAACUCGUUUUGUUACA